AUGGACAACCAGCAAAAUGAUCAGCCAGCCAAGCCACCAGUUCAAAGCUCCUCGAAAACUAAGCCACAACCCAGCAUCUUGCCCAUCAUACCCGACCGAGAAAAGAUGUCGAGAGCCUUGGGAGCCGCAUUCCUGCAACAUAAGGUACAACAACUCGAGCGGAACCUAGACGACUUAAGCUUCAGAAGAGACCUCCAUCAGCCUCCUCCUCGCACUCAGCACAGUCAUCAAACUAAAUCAAGUCAUCCUAACAGGAAUCAAUCGAAGAAGAAAACCCUGCUUCAACCCGUUUCCAGCACCGAUCCCACCCCGUCCUCAUCUGAUUCGUCUACACCUGUACCUAUCAAACUUAUCGAUACCUCCAUGCUCAUUCAUGCUCUACCGAUUCUCAAAAAAUGGGUUCGCGAAGCAAAAUAUAAAAUCGUUAUCCCCUUAGAUGUGGUUUCUGAAUUAGAUUUCUUGAAGACUUCACCACCACCGAUCCAUGGAUUAGUCCGAGAAGCCACGUGUUGGUUAGACAAACAAUUCCAAACCUCGAGCAAACAGAGUUCGACGGACUCAGCCCAUAAAGCGUGUUUUGUCCCCCAGCGUACAGGAAAUGAGAGCGGGUGGGAAGAGCUGAGUCAAAGAUUCAUUGCACCUCCCCUAGAAGUAGCCAGUAUAGCAUUCAUCAAAGAACUCUCAGAGGAUGAAGAACGCGAACGGUUGAGAGAAGGAGAGCAAGAGCAAGAUCCUCCAAUCGACUAUCGGCCCUUGAUCAGCACCGACCUGCCCCGUGAACAUCGAUCCUUGCUUCAAUGUGCUCUGUAUUAUCAACUUCAUGCCCAGUCGGACCAAGAGACCGAGCUGGUGAUCUUCUUUUCUGACAAGCAGCCAUCUUCCACCCCUACCUCAAGAGGAAACACCCAACGUCAUCAUCAGAAUUCGAAACCGUCUUCACAUUGGAAGUCGGAGAGCAUUCCUUCAGGGGAAGAUGAUCACGAAGAGGAGCCGGUCGACAAAACGAACUCGAGACAGAACCCUUCUCCCGCUCCUAACCCAGCGGCCCCUUCGUCCUCUUCCUCUGCGGCUGUAGAUAAACGGUUGUUUGUUUGGUGA